GGAAGGAGGGCGCGCGGGCCGCGGGAAGAGCGCGCCGGCUCCCCACAGACGCCCCGGCCACGCGGACGCGGGGAAGGUGACGCUAUGCUUCUGAGCGCCAGUUCUGAAAGUCGGGGUUGAAAGAACCAACAGAACCUGGAGAAGAUUCAGGAAGAUGCUGCCGGAAAUCGUGGUGUCCAUGGAGACGUUAUCGGAAGUCGGGGUUGCUAGGAGGCCCGGGUGCGUCCGCUAAGCUGCGUCAUGGCUGAAGUCCCAGAAGAUUUCUAUCCUGGCCCGGAAGAAGAGACGCCGGAACCUGAGACCCCGGGACUGCCCGGACCUCUUAACUCGGCCGAAGAUGCCGAAACAGACUCCGCGGCAGAGGCAAGCCCGGAGCCGCCCUCGGAGACUGACCAAGAGCCACAGCCAGAAAUUGAGCGAGAGGAUUUCGGAGAGGGGGAGCCGGAGGGUGCUCCGAAUGUCUGGCUACGACCCGCCUGGACGCCGGAGGACGACAUUGCCACGGACGCCGAGACGGACUUCUCGAGUGAAACCGAGCCAAGGAUUCCCCGAGAGGUCAAGUCAGAGACUUCCGGAGAGAUGGAAUGGGAGAUUUUCAAGGAUUUGGAGGUGCCUGCGGAUGGGCACCGUGAGGAGCCCGGGCUGGAGCCACCGGAGGAGGCUGAAUCCGACGUUACAGAGGCUGUAGGCCUGGAGUCAGAUGAGGAUACAGAGCUGUCCUCGGAGGUGCCCGUGGCCACAAUGAGUGGGAAAAUAUUUGAGUUACUAGAGGAGAUCGGACAGCAGAUGCUAGGGGAAUCACUUAGAGAGCAAUUUGAAGAAACUGAUCUGGAGCCUCCAGCGCAGACCAGACCAGAUUUUCUAAGUGAGAAACCAAGAAAAGGGGUUGAAGAGACAGAUCUAGAACCCCCCGAGAUGGCCGACCCGGAGAUUCCAGAGGAAACCCAAAGAGAGUUUCCAGAGGACAAACCAACAGAGGAAGUUCCAGAGCCACUAGAAGAGAUCAAAUCAGAGUUUUUCGAGGAAGAAUCAAGGAAACCAAGUCUGGAGUCAUCAGAAGAACCAGAAGUUCCAGAGGAGACAAGAAGAAAGUCAAAUGAGGGAGUGGAAACAAAGCCACCAGAGACUACUGGUCUAACACCAUUGCAGGAAGUUCAAGAGCAGACACAAAGAAAAUCCCCCGGGCAAGUUCUGGAGCCAACAGAGGAUCAAACCAAGAAGCAGACACAGUCAACGGAGGAAAUAGGACUGCCACAGAAGUCCAAAACAGAGGAGACACUAGGAGACUCUACUGAGGAGACGAGUCUAGAGCCACCAGAACAGAUUAAGCCAGAAUUUCCAGAGAAAGAACCUGGAAAACCAGUUGAGGAAACAGGUCAAGUGCCACCACAGCAGACUGAACCAGAGGCUCAAGAGGAGACAAUAACGAAGCCAGCUGAGGAGAGAAGUCUUGAGUUACCAGAUGAAACCAAACAGAGAGAGACCCAUGUAGACUUUUCGCAGGGAGACAGGUCAGAACCAGUCGCAUCUGGAGACAAGGAUGAGCUAGAGCAUCCUGAAAACCUUAAGAAAGACAUUGCAUUAGAAUCUAUCAGAGACACUGAAGUCAUAUCAGUUACUACAGAUUAUGAAUAUUAUCCAGAACUCCAAAAAGUGGCUCCACCUGAUGAUACCAGUACUCAGUACUCAAAUGUAUAUCCCUCAGAGACUCAGAUUGGAUUUGGAGACCUCACUGAAGAGACUGUAGAUUUGUCUCAAGAGUUGAAGCAACCAGUACCUAAAGGGAAACGAAUCCAGCCUACAGAAAGAAUUGUGCCAAAAUUUGAUUAUCUUCAGUGGAGCCCAGAGAGGGUUGCAGAGUGGAUUAGUGAGCUAGGCUUCCCUCAAUACAAGGAGUGUUUCACUGCAAACUUCAUCAGUGGCCGAAAACUCAUCCACGUAAACUGCUCAAACCUCCCGCAGAUGGGGAUAACAGAUUUUGAGCACAUGAAGGCAAUUUCUCGGCACACGCGGGAGCUGCUGGGAAUUGAAGAGCCGUUAUUCAGACGCACCAUCCGACUUCCCUACAGGGACAAUAUUGGCCUCUUUUUAGAGCAGAAGGCUCAUACUGGAGCAAAAUCUGAUUCCUUGACCUUUUCUGAAUUUGUCAAAGCAGCAAGAUUGCAGGAUUAUGUUCCACAAAGAGCUGCCCUUGAAGAGAAUGGGGCGUAUUAUACUGAGCCAUAGGGAAAGCCAUUGCGUGCACCCAGCUUGAAAAAUCAUGCAGUUGCUUGGGGGAAGAGGUGUGGUCUUCUUUGGUUUUUCUUUUUGUGCGGUUUCCUUAGGGCUCAGGGUUCCAACUCCAGGCUCCAUUCCCAACUCUUCACUGACUCACAGCACUGUCCCUUUAUUUGUGUUUCAGUUUAGCUCCUCAUUAAAGCAAAAAUAGCAAAACUUACCUUCCUGGGUAACUUAAGAAUUUCUAAUAAAUCUAGCAACACAUCUAGUACUAGGAACACGUUGGGGCAAAUAUAAUUAAAAAUGCACUCUCCUGCCAACCCAGAAAAUCCUCUCCACCAGGGUAGAAAAGAAGCCAUUUUAUUAUGGAACAAGCAUUAAAUUGUGAUGCACAUUACAGGUAAGCUGUUAAAGAGAUUGCAAAAACAAGGAAAGAUUACCCUUUUAAAUAGGCAGAUAUCUCCCAGUGCACUCACAUUAAUUUUCUAUAUGCAAAGGAAAACGUCUCACCUCUUGACAGCAAACAGGAAUUGACUGCUUGGCACCAGGCACCUAGGCGAAGCUCCCGGAGACAGGGACAGACGGGCAGCAUUGUCCUCAAGCCCACGUUGUAGAAAGAUGCUCCAAGACCCCCAACAAAAGCUGUCCUGCGUGUAACACUGGCUUUCCAAAGGUUUACAGAUAUUUUCAAAACACUGGACAAGGGUUUAGAAUUGCACGUUUUCUAAAGGAAACAUCUUUAAGAAAAAGGAGGGAAAAGUUCUCUCUUUUGGCAUUAGGGAAAAGAUUUUUUUAAAGUUUGAUUUAGACUAGUACAUAUCUUUACAAACAACGUGGCUUGCACAGCACCACCAUGAAGUAGGAUCUGGGGUUCUUACAAAGCUGUUUUAUGUGAAACCUUGCAGACCUGUAUAAAGUGAAAUUCAGGGGCCAGUGCUGUGGUGCAGCAGGGUAGCCGCCACAUCCCAUAUGGGCACCGGUUCGAAUCCCGGCUGUUCCUCUUCCAAUCCAGCUCCCUGCUAAUGCACCUGAGAAAACAGCAGAACACAGCCCAACUUCUUGGGCCCCUGCACCCACAGGGGAGACCUGGAUAAAGCUCCUGGCUCCUGGCCCAGCCCCAGCUGUAGCAGCCACUUGGGAAUGAACCAGCAGAAGGAAGAUUCUCUCUGUCUCUUCCUCUUUCUCUGUAACUCUGGCUUUCAAAUAAAUACAUCUUUUUUAAAAAAUGCAGUUCAGGCUACAGCCUAUUAAUGACUGGACUUCUCAAAAGAAAUUUUUGAAAGACUUCUUGUUCCUUGAAUGACUUCAGUUCCUCUGGGUUUAGAGGCAUCACUACUUCACUGCUUUUUUCUCUCCUCAUCUCACUUCUUAAUCCCAAGAAUCAGUACAGGGUUAACUUAAUGCAGAAGGCAGUGAUGUACUGUGCUCAGUUUCCCACACCUCAGUGAACAGUAAGAAGAAUGGUUCUUACUUUCUCCCCAUUAAGAGAAAGAUCAUAUCUCAAAUUAACAUUAAUGCUAGAACUUAAUUUUUUUCCCAUAUUGGACUCAUAAGGUUUUGUAAGUAACCAUACUGACACCGUGCUAUUGAAUUUGCCUGACUGAUGCUUAUGCAAAAAAAGAAACAAAAUGUAAAUGAUUAAUGUAAGACCACGGUGAUUUACAUGUACUCCUAUAGUGAAAGGCUUUUGUUCAAAAGCGCCUUAAGAUUCAGCAAACAGUGGUCCCGUUCACCUACAGAGCAAAGUAUGUAACACCCCUGGAUGGGGCUCACUGCUGCUGUUUUCAUCUCUGUCUUAGUUGACAAAAAGUAUUUGCAAAACAUAAAGGAAAUAAAAUUUCAUGAUAGAAAUAGGAUCUAUAUUUUUGCAGAAUUAUUUUUAGCCAUUGAAUAUGAAUGCCAGUUAUUUUACUAAAUGAAUCUGUAGGGGCCAAUGUCAUGGUGCAGUGGGUUAACCUGCCACCUGUGAUGCCAGCUUCCCCUGUGAGUGCUGGUUCAAAUCCUAGCUUCUCCACUUCCAAUCCAGCUCCCUGAUAAUGUUCCUGGGAAAGCAGGAGAAGAUGGCCCAAGUGCUUGGGCCCCUGCCACCCUCGGGGGAGACCUGGAUGGAGUUCAGGCUCCUGGCUCUGGCCAGCAUCACAGGCAGCAGCUUCAUGGGCUGUGCCACCACGCAGACACCCAAAUAAAAUAUUUUUUAAAUGGUUCAAAUGAGAACACUUUAAAUACGAUAGUACUAUAACAGUCAGUCAGCUAUAACUGACAUAAACAUGAAAUGAGUCAUAAUUCAAUUAAGAUUAUUUACUAUACAUUUACUUCUCUAUCCAAAUUGUUAGGGGAAUCAAACUAUCCUUUGCCAGCUGCAUACUGAUAUAGGAAAAGUAGGUCAGCAUAUAACAGUCAAAUAAUGAUAUUACAACUUCUUGAAUUUAGCUUCAAGAAGAGAAAUAAUUUGGGAGCUGAUGUGGCACACAGGCAUCCCAUUUCAGAGUGCUGACUUGAGUCCUCACUGCUCCAUUUCCGAUCCAGCUCCCUGCUAAUGCACCUGGGAGGCAGCAGAAAAUGGCCCAGGUUCUUGGGCCCCUGCUACCCAUGUAGAAGACCCAGAUGGGGGCUUAGCGGGUAAAGCUGCUGCCUGCAGCGCCGGCAUCCUAUAUGGGCGCCGGUUUGAGACCCAGUUGCUCCAUUUCCAAUCCAGCUCUCUGCUAUGGCCUGGGAAAGCAGUGGAGGAUGGCUCAAGUCCUUGAGCCCCUGUACCCACGUGGGAGACCCAGAAGAAGCUCCUGGCUCCUGGCUUCAGAUUGGCAUAGCUCCAGUUCCAGCCAACUGGAGAGUGAACCAUGGGAUGGAAGACCUCUUUCUCUCUCUGUCUCUCCUUCUCUCUCUCUGUAACUCUGACUUUCGAAUAGAUAAAUAAAUCUUAAAAAAAAAAAAAAAAAAAAGAAGAAGAAAAAGGAGACCCAUAUGGGGUUUCUGACUCCUAUUUUCAGCUUAGCCAAAACCUGGCUGU